CCAGAAAGUUAAUCAGAGGAAGAAGGGGGAAGAAGGAAGAAACAGCAAGAAAGAGAGAGAGAGAGCAUGGAAGGGCAAGAUCAGCAUAUCAAGACCAGAGUCGUCAAGGUUGACUCUGUUGAGUCCUGGGAUUUCUAUCUUACACAAGCCAAGAAUCAAGGCUGCCCUAUUCUCGUGCAUUUCACUGCUUCAUGGUGCAUGCCUUCUGUGGCUAUGAAUCCUUAUGUGGAGGAAUUAGCAUCGAAUUACCCAAAUGUUCUUUUUCUCACUGUUGAUGUUGAUGAACUCAAGGAGGUAGCAAGGAGGAUGGAGAUAAAGGCGAUGCCUACUUUUGUGCUGAUGAGGAAUGGUGAGAUUGUUGACAAGCUGGUGGGUGCCAAUCCGGAAGAGAUCAGGAAAAGGGUUGAUAGUUUUGUUCAGUCCAUCCAUGUUCAUGUAGCCUAGCUAAAUACUGCUUGUACAUUUUCCAUCUCUAGAACUUGGUGGUGUAUGCAAGUGUUUUUCAGUUUUUUUAUUUUAUUUUAUUUUAUUAUUUUUUUAAUGUAAGCUUCAAAAGAUCUGCUUGGAUAAGGUUGAAGUUUAUUACAUUUUGUUUGAAAUGUGCUCUAUUCAGGGAAUGAUCGAAAUAAAUAUGUUAUCUAAUUUUUAGGAUAACCAAGGCAAA